CUCCCACCCACGGUGAAUGAAGCAAACGCGUUGCCAAACUCACAGCCAGACCAUACACUGGCGACUACCAUACAAGUAGCCUGAGCCCACAAACACAUCUACUGAGGAAACCACACCUCCUCUCCUACAUCCCACCACCUUGUAUCUCUACCCCACUACCAUCGAACCCAUCACCACCUUCACCAAACACAUCACCACAACCCACCAGCAACCCCACAACCAUCAAAAUGCCAACCUCAACCCCCACCAUCUGCGCAGCCUGCGGCUUAAACGCCACCCUCCACUGCGCCGGCUGCCUCAACCCCCCGGCCUACCUACCAGGCCACACCAUCAGCGCCGCGUACUGCACCCGCGCCUGCCAAAAGCGCCACUGGCCCGUCCACAAACGCGUCUGCAGAGUGAUGGCGCAGCGAACUAAGCUCCACCGCGCCGCCCGCGUCCUCAAAACAGCAUUGCUCACCUACCGCACGACACUGUACGACAUCGCCCUCACGAAGAUCGACCUCCGCGACGGGACGCUCUACCUGCACCAGGAGGCCAGAGACCCCGGGACCCGCGUACACUUCCCGGAACAUCUUACCACGAAGCCCGAGGAAAGAGAGGCGGCGCUGUGCGUGAACCAGUGUACUGCCGCGAUGGCGCUGUUGAGUGGGUUGAUAAGGGGCCUUUUGGCUGGGAUGGACACGCGAAUCGAAUUCAUGGACCUGCAGAUCGGAAAAAAACCUCGUCCGACGAGACUCGUCCCGGGCCCUGACCCGACGGGGUGUCCGCAUACCGUGUUGGUGGUGACGAUGCGCCUCUCCGGUGAGGAAUGGGUGCUUGAUCCUACGGGCGGCCAGUAUGGGUAUCGCGAGGUUCUGGUCCCGUUUACGCGGUAUGUGGAUGAUCGCGAGGCGAAGCCGUGGGGAUAUCCGGUGCCGUAUGAUGCGACGGAGACGUCGGAUUUGGAUUUUCUGGUUGGUCUUUCGGGGUUAGGGGCGCGAAGGAGGGAUUUGGAGGUGGAGAGACGGGCGAGGGGGCAUUUUGCAAGGUUCGUGAGGGAUAAUGUUGGGAAGGAGAUGUUGGGGGGUGGUGCGGAUGAGUUCGAGAAGAGGUUAGAGGGGUUUGACAUGAGGUUGAAGGAGCAUUUGUGGGAAUUUCGUGUGUAGGGCGUGGUUGCGCGAGGUAGAUUUCCUUAGGCCGGUCGGGGUGAGAGAACAUGGGAUUUUGUUAACACUAUCGACUAGCCACUCGGUGAAGUCAUGGC